UUUCCGAUAUUAAUGGAUAAUUUUACCAGUGUUACGUAUUUUACUCUGGAGGGACAUGUAGAUUUAGAGCAUUACAGAUACUUGUAUUUUAUAUUUACCCUUAUAAUUUAUAUAAUGAUUAUUUGCUUUAAUACUGUUAUCAUUUCUGUCAUAUACAGAAACAAAAACUUACAUGAACCCAUGUACAUUUUCAUUGCUGCUUUGCUUUGUAAUGCUCUCUUUGGAACAACUGCACUUUAUCCUAAACUGCUCUUUGACUUUUUGUCUGAGAAACAAAUAAUUUCAUAUGGAGCUUGUAUAUUUCAGGCAUUUUGCAUGCCCACAUAUGCUUCAUCAGAGUUUGUGCUGUUAUCAGCUAUGGCCUAUGACAGAUUUGUUUCCAUCUGCAAACCACUACAUUAUGCAAUGAUCGUAAACUUGCAAGUUGUCAAAAAACUCAUAUUUUUGUCAUGGAUUUUGCCUUGUUGUACAAUUGGUAUAACAAUUCUACUAACAUCCCAAAUUCAGCUGUGUAAACUUAAAUUAAAUCGAAUAUACUGUGAUAAUUAUUCAAUUGUAAAAUUAAGCUGUACAGAAACGUCGCUUAGUAAUGUUUAUGGACUUUUUAUUUUUAGCAUUACUGUAUUUCCUCCAGUGGUCUUUAUAUUCUACUCAUAUGUUCAGAUACUCUCUAUGUGUUUAAAGAACUCUAAAGAUUUCAGAAGCAAAGCACUACAGACCUGUUUACCGCAUCUUUUGAUUUUUAUAAUUUUUUCUGUCAACAUUUCUUUUGAAAUUAUAAAUUCCAGAAUAGACUCUCGUCAAAUUCCCCACAUUAUUGCCAUGAUCCUGUCAGUUGAACAUUUACUUAUUCCUCCUCUAUUCAAUCCCAUAAUGUAUGGAUUAAAACUGCAGGAAAUUUUGAAUAGUAUCAAAAGACUGAUUGCUUGUCAAAAUCAGAAUCAAAUUUCAUUGUAG